GCUCAUUGGAUCGUACUUUUGGCAAUGGAUAUGCUUGUUCAAGAACCAAGACCAAUAAGCGUGUAACUGACAUUCAAGAACAGACAACAUCUCACAAACUUCACGAUAUCACGACAAGCUUGUUCUUCCUAGAAUGAAUUAUCAACCCAUUGAUGACAGGGAAGACGGGAUGGUAUGGUGUUAGCCUUGCGCACACCGCUAGAUCGGAUGUGCCAGAGAACUGGCUUAAAUAGAUUGAUCAAAUUUUGCUCUUUUUCUAGUAAAGUCCAAGUAAAUAAAGAAGUUUCUAGUCUUGGUGGUGCAUCUGCAGCAGCAUUGAAAAUUAAGAAGAACGUUAGUUCGGCACCUGAGUUGGAACAUCAUCAACGCGAUGAAAUUCGAAUAAUUAAGAAGGAAGUUCUUUCUACAAGAAGCAUCGCACCUCCACAAGAAGUACAACAAUUAAUCAACCUUAACGAAGAACCCACCUCCUCGUCCUUCUCCGGCGCCACGAGCCACGACUACAAGAAAAAGAAGUAUUUGUAUUUUGGCUCUACCAUCAUUCCCUCAGGAGACACCAUGUCGUCUUGUGCUGCUCUUUGGUCUCAGUUGUCCGCACAGGACGAUGUCGCUACAUCCAAAGUGAUUCAGAUGCUUCUGCAGGAUGCUACUUUCUUUAAGGGUACUUCGGUUAAAGGCGUUCACGUUACCGUUUGUUCUGCCCGCUCUUCAGGUACUAGAGAGGCAGAACAAACGGGGUAAGUAAGCGAAGGCCCAAAGCCUAAAACUCUAAUUUCUGCAAGAUAAGCGAAGCGGAGCAGACCGAUAUAAUCUCGAGAGACGAACAAGACGCCCAAGCUUUGAGAGCGGGCAUCACGUUUGCACAGGAUAAAGGCGUGUUGCCUAAGAUUGAGCCAGCGCCAUAUGCGAAAAUCAAUGUGUUAGGCAAAAGUGCGGACGAAGUGGCGGACUGCAUUAUCAAAGAUUUGGGAGAAGGGGCAACGAAAGGUAUUAACUUCUACUACUGACUACAUGCAAGAACUACUUCAUUUUUUGCUUGCGGCAGUCGAAAUGUAUUACUAGUACGAUUCUGAUCAUUCGAAAUAAGAAUACAUAGCAGCAGGUAUUUGAUGCGCUUAUCAACACUUACAUUCUAUUAUUCACCUCACCUCUAUUUGACCUUAUCUUCAACAGUUACUUACAUUCUACUAUUAAAUUCACCUCCUCAUCACUUCUUUCAGGUUGCGUCCUUGUCUUAGUCGGCCUUUCUGGUACUGGGAAAGGCACAACCGUUUCCAAGUUGCAAUCCAAGCUAUCUUCAGCUGUGACAUGGAGCAAUGGAAACGUCUUUCGGUGUCUCACAGUCCAAGCUUGUGACUUUGCCGAGUCCAAAGGGCUAGCCAACUUCGAAGAAGGCCUCACUGCGGAAAAUUUAGCAUCUUGGAUGGAGAAAAUAAAGUUCGGCAAGUUCAACGGGAAGUGGGACAUACAGUUGACCAGACCGGAUGGUAAUGGAUACUUCUCGUCUGAGGGAUAUUGCUUUUACGGAUAUAUUUGAAAUUGGGACAGACAGGACCACGACAGCGCCGGCGCUUACUUAGUAGUAGAUAAGUACUUUCCUGACUUUUCUUUUUUCGGUUUUUGUUUUUUCUAGUUAGGUACGCUCCACCAACGAUAUAUUUCAAUUUGGUACCAAUCCUUGUUCAAAUUCAUGAUACUAAAGAACUUCUUCAACAACUUGAUGAACCUUGUUGUUGUUGUUGUUGUGUCAGAAACAAAACCUACCACAAUCCAACAGGUUCACAAGUUUACGUAUCCGAGGUCGCUAACACCUUGCUCAAGGAGCCGAGAAUAGGCAAGAAUAUCCCAGCAGUAGCGAAGGUGUCACAGGGUGAAGUCGUAAAAUUUGCCGGUGAUGCCUGUCGACAAAUGGGAGAGGAUGGGUAUUUUACUAUCAUUGAAUGCGUGUCGACAAAUGGGAGAGGAUGGGUAUGCCAUAAUCUUUCAUCAAUCGAUCAUGAGCAGUAGCUCACCCAUGCCCAUCAUUCAUCCUAACUGAGUUACUUCCCGAGUAAACCAUACCAGUAUUCAAAGAAUAAAAAUCGAGGCCCUUGGUCUAAAACUGAACUAAGUAGUUAAACUCUACGGAAGAUAGAUUACUUUUACUUACUGAGUAACUCCUCUUCUACGCCGUUAUUACUCCUCUUCUAUCCCUUUAUUCCAGUUCCGUCGUCCUAGUCGAGGGGCGUGAGGAGACCGUGGAUUUUAUUCCAACCGGGCACCGAUUUUGCCUCACCAUGUCGGAUCCCAGCCUGAUCGGAAAGCGACGGGCAGCCCAGAGAAUCCUGGCUCAGACGCUGAAGGACUGUGGUGACGCUGCGCCGGCUGAUGAAGAGGGAGUUGCAGCUGCGAUUAAGGAAUGUUGUGCGAAACUGGCAUGAAGAUCUCUCCAAUGUUGUCAGAAAGAUUUAAGUGUUGAUGUGAUGAUAAAUGUUGAUAUUAAGGACGAGAAGGAACAAAGGCUUAAAGACCUUGUUGUGGUCAUUUUUAACAUCGUCGUGAUCGUGUCUCUUGAUAGUGGCAUAGUGAUGAAUGACUGAGUAUCUCGUGUAUGAAAUUUCCCUUACAAAAAUUUUCAAAGUACCUCAUGCUCGUCUGACUCUGACGAUAGCUAAGUUCCGAGCUCGAAGACGUUGAUGAGACUCGUGUCGCAAGUGUGUUUUCUUGGUCGUAUGAAUUCGAAUGCAUGUCGUGGUUCCGAUGUUGAUGAGUCGUGCAAUGGAAGCUCGUGUUGAAAUCGCUGCUACUGUUCUUGAUAUUAUAGAAAGGAAUUUGUAAAAAUCUCAGCAUCAGUUGCGCUGAAAAAUCCUCUCGCUUGAUGUUCGUAAUAAAUAUGUUCUCGUCUGCAUUUAUCUCUGUUGUUCAACACAUGAAGAUGCGGUUGUUCUACUGAUGUAGUGUGCCUCCUCGUCCGUAUACUCGAAUAUAAAUGAAAAUCGAC